GGAGCGCGCGCACAAGUUCGCACGAGGUGUCUAAAGUGCGCGUAACGUAACUGUGUGCGUUUUAGCACAUCACACGCUCGUGCGAGGUGAUCAGAUCAGGCGUGUGCGCGAGGAAGCGAGGUUGGCUCAAAUUACAACUUUCACAUUUUCUGGGUACGGUGGUGAGGACUUUCAGACAGCACGAAGAAAGCGCAAGAAAACGCAUAGAAGACCUACACCAGGAACACAGCGGAUACGGUUUCGCUUUCCGAUAUUUUUAUUUUUUAAAUUCGUUUAUUUUUUCCAUAAUGAAUGCUCGAGAGGAGAACUUGCUGAAAUCGAUCAGCAACGACACGCUGUUGGACCUGACGCAGCGGUACGGCCAAGCGGCGCUGGGCUUCGGCGCGGGUCACGGCGCAUCGAGUCCUGCUCGCUUCCCGCUCGCCUCCUCCGCCGCUGCAGACUUCCUCACGGCGCAGACGGCCAAGUCUGGCGAGAGUGGCGGCGAGCACACGAGCGACGACGACGACGGCUUCGACGUGGACGCUCGGAAACAGAGCCCGGCCUUUGGAGAGGACCCCAAGCACCCGACCGCCAAGAAGCCCAAGGAGCAGCGCUCUCUGCGCCUGAGCAUCAACGCGCGCGAGCGCCGGCGCAUGCACGACCUGAAUGAUGCGCUCGACGGCCUGCGCGCGGUUAUCCCGUAUGCACACAGCCCGUCCGUGCGCAAACUGUCCAAAAUCGCCACGCUGCUCCUCGCCAAGAACUACAUCCUCAUGCAGGCGCAGGCUCUGGAGGAGAUGCGUCGACUCGUGGCGUACCUUAACCAGGGCCAAACGAUCACGUCGGCCGUACCGAGCGCGCUGGCCCCGUUCGGACAGACCACCGCCACCGUGUACCCGUUUUCAGGCACAGCGCUAGCCGCCUGUGUGGAGAAGUGCUCGUACUCGGCGGCGCCUUCGAGUCUCUUCAAGCACUGCAGCGAUAAGCCUUGAUUUACACACAUACACACACUCCUGCGCGCUUACUCGAACUUGACCCGCAGCUGGUCUCAAUAUACACAACUGAAAUGUUUUGUUGUUUGGGAAGGGAACUUUAGUCUAAUACAUAAUUCUUCGACAUGUUUAAAUAACUACUAUAAUAUUUCAUCCAGGUAAUGUAAACUAUGUGUAAGAAGGGUCACAGUAUAUUUUGGAACAGGCUUUUUAAAUUCCUCACGUUUAGACGCUUUUCUCCUCCGUCCUCUUGAUAACGCGAAAAAUAUUUAACAAUAUGUGAUGUUCUGCAUUGCAUUAAAGUGCAUGUUAAGUGAUCCUAUGGGAAAAUACAUCAUUCUUCAAAAAGCCGCUAACUGCCAUUGCAAACCUCAGAAGUUUCCCCAAGUAAUUUAGUUUAUUAUUAGUAAACUAUGCAACGUACCACAAUGAGAAAGAACAAAAACAGCGAUUUAUGAUGAAUAUUCAGAUUGACAGUCAGACAUCCAUACGGGCCAAGCACAGCCUGAAUUCUCUCGCCCUCUCUUCUAUCAGUGCUUUGUGGAGAAAAUGCUAACGUGUAAUGCAUUUUGAAUCUGAUGGUGAUUUUGGAUAUGUUAAUGAGCAGAUUCACUUGAUUGUAUUGUACGACUGUGAAGAUCUAGUUACUUGAUGACGCCUAAACUGACAAAACGUUUGGUCUUGUUGCUACAUGAGUUUCAUAUAUUGUUUAUACGUCUUUAUAAUUAA